UUCAGCUUGCUCCUAUUUGCCGGCUGCCUCCCGAAAGAAGAAGGAUGGAAUGAACAGAGGACGCCUGUUCUCAGUGGUGUGCACGAAACCCGUCGUCAUCCUCGCUGUCCCUUGAAUGCUUGCGCCAAAGCGACGCUUGGCUUUCAGAGCUGACUGUGCCUGCUGGCGUCCUCUGCCGCGGAUCAUUUGAAGACACUGUGUCUGAAGAGGAAUGUAGUAACCAGACUCCUGCAGGGUUUAUCGACAACCGUAUGUUUUCGAUGCAGGCGUCGUGCGGAGGACGUUUCGACUUCUUCUCGGUCCGACUCCAUCUGGGUGGAUCGGAGGUCGUUUUUUCCAGAAUUAACGCGAUCUCCUCUUUCCCAGGACCACACUAGUGAAUUCUUUUGAUCUGGUACGAAGUGUGCGGAGGGUUUUUUUCCAUGAAAUGGAGGCGCCGAACACUGCAGAGAAGACUCGGGGAGACUCUUCCCUGGCGUUCCCGCUUGCCACCGCCAAGUUGCCUUCGCACCGUAAUAGGCGGCGAGCCGACCAGCAAGCGGCAGUCCCUAGGGACGAGCCUCCAGCUUCGCCUGCCUCUACAGCUUCUUUUUACUCUGUGGAAAGUGACUCUGCAUGCGGGGAAAACAUUUCUUCCGAAACCUCGCCUGCUAUGAAAGGCGUCCCCAGCCUCGCUCUUGAAGCUCUCUCGAGCGACCUUGAGUCGCCUUCGCCUCCUCUCAGGAAACGCAGGUUUGUCGGCAGUUCUCAGUCUAAUUCCACUCUCGGGGCUGCGCCUUCUUCGCUCCGUCGAAAACAACUGACAUACAGCCGCGAAGUACGUCACUUGCACGCAUCCACACAGGCAUCUCGACGCCAACGCGACACAUCCCUUCCCUCGACAGACGCGAAGCUCGACUCUCUCGCUUCUUCUUCUCCAUCUUCUCGUUCUCCCUCUUCUCCGUCUUCUGCUUCUUCUUCCUUCGUGAAUUACUCGACGGCUGGUAGUCGAGAGGCGAGCGGGCAGAUGGCGGAGAACUCGGAGUCUGCAGGCUCUUGUGCUUCGGGUGCCCAUGCGCCAGCUGAAGGAGGUGGAAGAGAACCACGAGGAAGCCAAAGGCGCCUUCCUGUGAAUGGGAGACGAAGUCUGCACUCUCCUGCAGCCGCACAUGCUUCUCCGCGCUCUGGCGCAUCCUCUGGAUGUCCGUCAAGCCGCUCUGCGGGUGGUCUGAGAGACCUCAUCCGUCGUGCACCCGACCUCUUUCGAGAAAAGGCAGAACGCCUCUCCUCGGGAAGCGAAACGGCGGACGAGAGACGCACGGAGGCGAAGUUCCCCAAGUCCACGGGGCGCAUGCAGUGCAGGAAAAGCCGUCGCGAGGUCGCUUCCUCAAGCUCCAAUUUGCGGAGUCUCGCGAGAGGCAGAGGGUCGGGGACAGAGGGAGGCAGUGGGGAAGGAACAAGGAGGCGCGCGCUGUCGAUUCAAGGCCUGCUGGCGAAGACGCACCCGCAGUUGGCUGUCAAGCUGGAAACAAAGGGUGUGCAACGAAGAGGACGUCCCCAGGGAGCUGCGCCAGCCUCCGACGACGAAGUGAUUGUCAUUCCCUCUUCCUCAGACUCCUCUCCGCGAUCGCCAACGCGACAAGACCCUGUUGAGCUGGAGAGACACUCAGAUGUCCUCAAGAGAGGCGAAGGGAAACAGCGAGCCGAAAAACCAGUCUCAAGCAAAAAGCACCACAACGAAGGUUUUGAAGCCGUUAUUCUUUCAGACUCUGAUGACGAGGGACAAAACACUCCUCAGUCUCCCUCUUCUUCCUCUUCGGCCCUUUUGUUUUCCUCGUCUUCUGCCUCUUCUUCUUCCUCUGGUGCCCCCAACUGCGCUGCAGCUGUUGAGGCCGACUGUGAAGCACUUGGUCCACCCGUGGGCUGGCGGUCGGCUGGCAACCACCCUCGGUCGCGAGCGAGAGAAGGAAGGCGAGGCGACUCAACUCCCUCGCCAGAGAGAAGACGCGCGAGUCUUUCCAGUGACGAGGAAGCGACGCCCUGGCGAGGAGCAAGUGAAGAUGUGGAGAGUCCAAAGACGACGAGGAGGCUGAGUGCGCGCGUGAGGCAGUUGCCCUUCUACGGCACAGCGGGGAAGAUCACUCGCGUCGAGUUAAGGGAUUUCCUCAACCACAGACAUCUUACCUGGACCCCAGGAAGCCACUGCAACGUCGUCACAGGAAUGAACGGCAGUGGGAAGUCCGCACUCGCGCGGGCGAUUCUCUUUUGCUGCGGCGCGGAGAGUUGCGGGUCGAGCGCAGGUGCAGGCGGCGACCGUGUGAAACUCUUCGAAUUUAUUCGGCAGUACUGGGCUGAGGACGGUCCCAGAAUGGCAGAAGUGAAAGUGACUUUCUCCAACUACAGAGGCGCGUCAGAGGCCGCAGACGCGCCGCGAGAGCUUUCCGCGGUGCUCCAAAUGAAACGCGAACUCUUGCAAAGUUGCGACGACUCGCCGAACUCGAGUCCCGCCGCCGACGCGGCUGUGGGCGCGCGCGGCGCGGAGGGCGCCGGCUCUCGCGCGUUCCACCCUGAAGUCUGGGGUUCGACGUUGACAAUCAUUCGCCGCGUAUGGAAGAAGCCAGUCAGCGCUCGCGGCGGGGAAGGCGAGAACGAACAGUGGACGACGGAUCGCUCUGCGUUCUUUCUCAGCGCAGGCCGCGGCGGCUCUGUCUCGGGGAUGCAGCCGGUGAAGAAGGAGAAAGUUCUUCGUGUUCUCGAAAGCUUUGGCCUCGAUUUCGCGAACCCGGCAGUUUUCCUCACGCAAGACAAAAGCAAAACACUCCUGGUCGCGUCCAAAGAAGAAGACCUCUACUCUUUCUUCACUCAAGUCACAGGACUCGAAGAGGCGUCUCUGCAGCUCCGCGCACUGGCCGGGAAGCUGUACGAGACGGAGACUGAAAUAGCGAAGUACACGAGCAGCUUGGGCUCCUUCCUGGACCAAGUGGAGGUAUGGAAGCGAGCCGAGGCAGAAGUGACCCAUCUGAAGAAGCAAGAGACUUCUUUGGCGCGCCUCAAGGGUCUCCUGCCGCUGCUGGAACUCCGCGAGCGCCGAGGAGAAGUCGAGGAAGUCCGAAAGAAAGUGAAGCGCCUCGAGCAGGAAGUGGAGGCGGCGCGCGAGAAGGAGCAAGCAGCAGCCGAGCAAUGCGCAGCGCUGGGGGGACGCAGGACGAUGGAACAGAAGAGACGCCAGCAGGAGGAGCUCGAGCGAAUCUCGCAAGAGUUGCUCGCGCGACAGAGAGAACAGCGCGACCUCCGCCUCGAUGUCAAGAGACUCGAACGCGAAAUUGUCGGCAAAGCAAACGCGAAAAAGCACGAAGAAGAACUCCAGACCCAAGUGGAAGAACGCCUGAGAACAGCCGAGGAGACGAGCGCGGCACGGCGGGCGCAGUUCGCAGCCGCAGACGAGAAGGAGUCUUCCGCCGAUUUCGACAGGCACCUCGCCCUCGUGGAAGAUCGAAGAAAACAACUAGAGGAAGCCGUGGCAGUGCAAGCAGCUCAUCGCGCGACUCUCGCAGAAGUCGAGAGAGAACUGGACAAGCAGCUGUCUCUGCGGGAAGAGGCCGAAGUCGCGGUCGUGAGGCAAGAAGAGCGCUGUCGCCUGGCGCUCAGUGUGUUGAGAGAGACAGAGGAAGAAGUUGAAGAAGGACGGCGACAGAGAAAGCUUGGGCGAGAACAACGGAGAGCCCACUUGCAGGCGCGGAAGGCUUUUUGGACGCGCGCAAAACUCGCGAGAGAGGAAAAGAAGUCUCGCCGCUCGGAGUCCUCACAGACGGUCUCCACUGUUCGCCCCGAGACCUGUCUCGACCUCGACGAAGGCGGAAGAAAGCCGCCCUUUUCGGCCGCAGAAAAAGACUCGCUUGUCCCCUCUUGUCCCCUGGGGUGGCGCAGCGAACUCUACAACUUCCCGCCUUCCGCGAAGCCUCCCGUGUCGUCUUUCUCUUCUUCUUUCUCUUCUUCUUUCUCUUCUUCUUUCUCUUCUUCUGCUUCUUUCGACCUCGAAGCCAUGCACAGAGAGUUCGGAAAUCUGUUCCGGAGAGGAGCGUUGGACAGCCUGCCCGUGGGUCCGGUGGGCGAGUUUCUGUUCGUUCUCCGCGAUGCAUGCAGGGCAGCGGGGGCGCCACCCGAGACUGUGGCGGCCCUGGUCGAGAGACACCUGCGGCCUCAGGUUUUCACAUGGGUGGUGGGGACGAAGCGUGACCAGCGGGUGUUGCUGGAGGUUUUCCGCGAAAAAAAUCUCCCGAGGAUUCCGCGAGUCGUCGUCGUCAAUCCCGACGCGCCGCCCUACCCCGACAGGCUUCUCCGUGCUCCCGCAGGCUCUGUCUUCUCGAUUUACCGCGCGCUCUGUCUCCCGCCACGAGGCGAAGAAGGCGAGAGAGGACAGGGACAGUCAGCCGAGAAGUCCUCUCUCUCCGCGGCCUUCUCGCCUUCUCUCCGCCUGCUGAACCGGACACAGGGCGGGGAAGCUGCUCGGCACAGCGGUGCUUCUCGAGACGCGCGCGCGAGCGAAGAAGCGGCGCAGCAGACAGCGCGUCUGCCCCACCAGAUUCUCCGCGUCCUCGUCGACGCCUGUCGCAUCGAGGCGAUUGCACUCGUUCCUUCGCACCAACACCUUGUGGCGCUUCUCCUCGAUCCGAGCCGCUCACUGGGUGCUUCUCGCGAUGUCGGAAGCCUCUACGCGCAUGCGCAGCAGACGCACUUCAGAGAAGGCUACGACUGGACCGGCGGACGACAUUUGAAGCGUUCCUUUGCUGGGUCUGAAGCGAUGCCGCAAGACGGCUGCGGAGGCGCAGGGCGACGAAACUCCACGCGCUUCGUCCGACUCCUCGGAGACGCUGUCGCCUCGCGAGAGACGGACGGAGCGAGGGCGGCGCCGAGACGCGAGAAGGACGGCGAAGGGAAGAGAGACCGAGAGAAGGACGAGGAGGAGGAGAGAGAAGAGCGGGAGCUGCGGCGCCUGCAAAAAGAAGACGAGGAGAUGCAAGCGACCGAGGCGAGAGAAGAAAAGGCAGAGAAGGAGGCGCUGCUGCAGGCGAGAGCGAAAGUCGAAGAAGCUCAACAAGAGUUGAAGAGACGAAAGGUGGAGGCGCAAGCCGCAGAAAACGCUGAAGAAGUCGAAAGGCUGCGCGGAAGAAAACAAGGGCUCGUCGUGGAGGACGUUCGACUGCGGCAGGCGAUUUCUUCUGCUCGCGAGGCUCUGAAGGAGGCCGAAGAGGAGCUCCAGGAGUUGCGUGCAAUUCGCCAGCGACUUCGCAGAGCAGCGGCGAGUGCCUCUUUGCUCGCUGAGGCAGAAGUGAAAAGUCGGCUAGACUCGCUGAGAGAGACAGUUGAGGAGAAAAAACGGAACGUCCAGAGGCUCCUGGAGGAGACGCGCAACCUCGAGAAGCAGACGCUGGAUACGCGCCGCCGCCUCGACGAAAAUGCUGGAGAAAUCGAGGCUUUAGAAAAAAGACAAAAGUCGCUCGAAAAGGAGCGACGCAGCCUGCAGGCGCAACGCGAAGAAGGAGAAAAGCGUCUGGCGGCUCACGCAGCGGAGAGAGCAGAGAAGGAGAAGGAGGCAAUCGCAGCAAAGAAGCAUGCCGAGGGCCUGGAGCUUCGACUCGAGGAGUUUGUGCGAGAGCACUUUGCAGGAAAGGAAAUUCCGACUUCGCUCCCUGAGGGCAACGCGCGCGAGUGCGCAGCCGAGGCAGAGAAUUUGAGAAAAGAAAUUAUCUCCAAGCGAAGCCGCAUGAAGUUCGACCCCAGUCUUGUGGAGGGCAAACUGAAGGAAGCGGAGCUCGCGUAUAAAAUGAAAGCCGACCAGGUGCAAGGAGCAAAGGAGACGUUCGAAGUCUGCAGACGGCGCCUCGCCAUUCGUCGCGACAAAUACGCCGCCGGUCUGCAUGCACUCACUUCCGAGCUCGCGGCUUCGUUUGAAAAACAUCUCUCAGGCGUCAUUCGCCGAAGCGCCCACAUGCUCGUGAACCACGAGACGCGGUCUGUGCGGCUGGUGACCAGCGACGAGUCUCAAAGUGCGAACGCACAGACGAAGACUCUUUCUGGAGGAGAAAAGUCGGCGGUUCAACUGGCCUUUCUGAUUGCCUUGGCCAAACAGAGCGUCAGUCCUCUCCACAUUUUCGACGAAGUGGACGUCUUCAUGGAUGAAGGCAGUCGAAUAAAAAACCUCGACCUUCUUCUCAAGUUUGGACUCAUGUCGAAACCGGACAAACAGAUCUUCUUGAUUACUCCCCACAGUGAAAUAUGUCAAUUUAUUCGAGGUGAGUUUUCUCUCCGGCACGCGUGCGUCUCUCCGUCUUCCCCAGUCUUUUCUCCACAGUUCGUUCCUUUCUUCUUUGGUUACCUAGCUUCCUGUCUCCCUUCCUUGUUCCAGUUGCUGUUCUCUUCUGUCUCCUCUCUCCGGCCUUCUGAAGCGUCUUCUUCCCUCGAUUUCCUUUCCCUCUCCUUCCGCGUGUUCUUCGUCUUACGUUUGCGUUCUUCUUCGCUCUGUCCUGUCUGUUUGUUCUUGGGGCGUGACGAACUCCUUCGUCUCUUUCCUUUUCUGCAGAAGCACGACGUUUUUUCUCUUGUUCUGUCCUCCUCUACUACCUCUUUCUCUCCUCUCGUCACCCUCUUCACCUCUGAGCUUCCUUCCGUCUCUCUCUUUUCAGAAAAUUACGACGCGAAGGAUGUCUGUGUCCAGACAGUCUCCAAGGUGGCGCCGACGUGAGGCAGUUCAUCCUUUCUUCUUCUUCCUUCGUUUCGUCUCUUCUUCUCCCGCGGCUCUCUCUCUCUGUCUCGCCGCGCUGCAUUUUCUUCGCCUGCCGCGCGCGCAUGUCCCUCUGCCUCGGGCGCGAGACGCGCGUUGUGUUGAAUUCUGCGUCUCUCCAGAGAAAUCCAGGUGUCUCCCAACUUCUUUCCUUGUCAACUGGACAUGCAGAAGCAGAGCAAGGUGCCCUCGAGGUCUUCUGAACAAGGUUCACCGCAAAAAGGAGCGAUUGUCAAUCGUUUCCGGUUCUCGCUCUCGAGUCGAGAGCUUUCGUGUCACAGAAGAAACUUGUUCCUCUUCACAAAAGGUGUACUCUCCCGUGGAAAGAACCUCUUCCUUGCUGACAUUAUCCUCCUCUGAAGAACGUUCUGAAAACGACUUGCAUUCGGAGGUGCAGAGACACACCGAGUCGCUUCUGCGUUGCCCUCUCCACUCGUCUACACUCAGGGGGUCGAAACGAAAAAGAGACAUUCCAAGUGGAUGCCAAGCCUCUCCACUCCACACUCGAAUUCGCUCUUUUUUCACCGCGCUCGAGCAAGAGAAUCCCUACGCGUCUCGACCUCUUGAACCCAGAACGCGCGACCUCUUUCGAGUUCCUGUUGCCAGUGGGAUAGUCAAAAAAACAAACCUUCUCCCGGUGACGGCAGAAACAAGCAC